CAAAAUUACAUGAUUUUACGAUCACUUAAAAAAUCUGAGCUUAGGCUGUUCAGUCAUCUGCUUUGUUUUGUGUGGCUGCCACUCCUCCACGCACAGGGGAAGCUGGAAAGAGAAAAGCGGCCGGAGAAAGAAUGGCCACCGUCGCCGGGAGAAGUUUUUACCUCCCCACAACGCCAAAACCACCUAACAGAGACUUGUCAGCAACAUUACCCCCGAGUAAAAUACUGUACCAGUACCACCGCACAAAGCUAUUGCCUUUGUCCAUGAGUUAUUCCAGAAAUCCUAAGCAAGACGAUGAAACGCUAAAGGAAAAUGGGUCUUCUGCUCAUCCUGAUGACGAUGGCGUCUCCAUCGGUUCCUCAACUGUUCAAGAUUCUGGCUCAUUUCUUUCUAAAGGAGGGGGUGGUUGCAAGGGGUGUGGUAGAGAAGUGGCAGAGAGAGGUUGCAAUGAGGAGGGAAGGAUUCAAGGAGGGAUAGCAGCAGUGCCCGGGUUUGGUUGGUGGCCAAUAAAGGCAUUCCGCCCUUGCCCUUCAUUUUUGGCCUCCGGUGGAAAGUAUAGGCGAGUUGGACAAAGCAUGGAUGAAGUGGUCUCUGGAAGAGCAGUAACAAGAAAGUAGCUAAAGAUGGUUGGUUGUGGAACCGCGAUGUCAUCCAGUACUACUCACUCAGUCUAUGAACUCAACUCGAAUUGUGGAAACUGGAAAGUAUGACUGUUGUAUGAAAUGUUUGAAGUGAAGAUGUGAGAAUGUUAUGCAAUGAUGCAGCAUGAAUUAGCAAAAAGGAAACCAGUAAUCAUCUUUCAAAUUAGAGAAAUGCUAGAGGUACCCCAUUUUCUACCCCAUUUUGUACCUCAUCCUAUGUUUGUGGCUCACAAAAAUCCAACCCAAUUAAAAUAAUUGCUCCAUUUUUACUCAUUGCUUUUGUGAACCACAAACAUAGGAGGGGGUACAAAAUGGGGUACAAAAUGGGGUAGCUUUAGCAUUAGUGUUCAAAUUAUUAUCUGUAUUUGUAGUUUUGUACCUUGUAUCUUACUUAAGCUUAUACGAUAGUAUUUUCUUAGCAAUGUAAUCAGUACGGGUAAUGUGUAGUUUGACCUGACAGCUUUCGAUUUUGGCC